AUGGGGUAUGCAAACGGCAGCAUGAGGGAAAGCAAAAGAUGGGAAAGACGAAAGAUGAAAGCAGCAGGGAUGGAUGUUGAAGAGACAUAUUCCGAUGACGAGCUUGGUGCUUAUGAUUUGGUGUAUGUUGAGGAGCCAUGCCAUUUUUUGAAAGAUGCAGAUCUGCCAGCAAGUACAAAAAGCAAUAUGAAGAUUGAAGUUCCUGGCACUGAGAUAGGAGAAAUAGCAAAACGUGAAAGUGCUUUUCUGAAAGUGCAUCCAAGGAAGAGUAUGCAUUGGAUGGUAGAAGAGGAUAUCGAGCAGAGAAUGAUGCCACUGGCGCCUCCUGUUAGUCGUGUUAGGCAUGAGUUAAUGGAUGCAGUGAAGAACAAUCAAGUGCUGCUUGUUGUAGGAGAAACGGGAUCUGGAAAGAGUACGCAAGUACCGCAAUACUUGUAUCAGGAGGGAUAUGGCGAUGCGGGUGUUAUAUGCUGCACACAGCCAAGAAGAGUUGCAGCAAUAAGUUUAGCACAUGGCCUAAAGGAUAAGCUUGGUGCAUUAGUGGGAUACAGCGUUAGGUUUGAUGACAAAUGCACGGUAGAAACGAAAAUAAAAUACAUGACGGAAGGCAUUUUUCUCCAGGAGCUUUUGCAUGAUAGAACGCUUAGGAAGUACUCGGUAGUUGUUUUAGAUGAGGCUCAUGAAAGAAGUGUGAACCUUGAUAUAUCGAUGGGGCUUCUGAAAUUAGUUCUUGAAAGCAGGAGUGAUCUGAAAGUGAUAAUCAUGAGUGCGACGAUGGAAGUGGACAAAUUUAGCAAGUACUUUGGAUGUCCUGUGUUUAGGAUUGAGGGUAGGAGCUAUCCGGUGGACAUUAGGUAUCUGAAUGUGAAUGUUGAUGAUUAUGCAGAAUGGAUAGUGAAGAAGGUACUGCAUAUACAUGAGUCUGGCGAUGAGGGAGACAUUCUUGUUUUUGUAACUGGAAAAGAGGAUGUUGAUGGGAUAGUUGGUGUAUUAAACCAUUAUACUAUGGAAGAUGAAAGAGGAGGCAAAUGCUUGAAGGCUUUUCCGUUUUACAGUCAGUUAUCAUCUGAGAGGCAAAAUGAGGUGUUUAAAAAGGACAAGCAUGCUAGAAAAUGCAUAGUCUCGACAAGCAUUGCAGAAACAUCCUUGACGAUUCCGAACAUAAGAUAUGUAAUAGAUUCAGGGCUUCACAAAACGAGUGUGUAUGAUGAUGAGUCUGGAGAGUCUCUAAUAGUUGUUCCUAUAAGCAGAGACAAGGCAGAUCAGCGGGCAGGACGAGCAGGACGAACCAUGCCAGGUGUAUGCUAUAGAAUGUAUACGCACAGGACAUAUGAAAUGCACAUGCUUGCAUGUUCCGUACCUGAAAUUCAAAGGGCAAGCAUAUAUGAUGUGAUUCUUUUGAUACUGAGGUAUGGAGUCAAGGAUUUGACGAAGUUUGAUUUUGUGGACCAUCCCAGCAUCUGCUUGAUUAAGAAAGGAAUGCAUGUUCUUUAUCGCCUAGGUGCAAUAGAUUAUGAUGGAAAUGUAACUGAAGUUGGUAGAGAGAUGGGUGAGCUGAGGCUGGAGCCGUGUCUGUCCAAGAUGAUAUUGGAGUCAGUGAGGUAUGGAUGCAUUGAAGAGAUGGCCAGCAUUGUGAGCAUGCUUAGCGUUGAAUGGCCGUUAAGAAAUGAGUUUAACAAAGAAUGCUUUCUGUGUGAUACCGAGUGCGACUUUACAACGCUUCUCAAUGUUUUCAAUGAAUUUUGCUCGCAGAACGACAAGCAAACCUGGUGUGAACUGAUGAAUGUUGAUAGAAAGGCACUAGAAAAGGCCGAAAAGAUAAAGAGAAUGGUGGAGGAAUAUUUCGACAGAAGAGGUAUAAAUACUACACGUGUGGAGCACUCGGAUACAAAUGCUAUUAAAAGAUGCAUCAUAUCGUCUCUGCAUUACAAAGUUGCAAAAAGGAAAAACAAUGGAUAUGUGUGCCUGAGCGAUUUUCGAGUAUGCAAAUUACAUCCAUCUUGUAUAGUGAGAGACGGGGAGUAUCUUGUGUUCUAUAAGUAUCUUAUUACUAAGUCUGAGUAUAUUCGAUGCUGCAUGAGUGCUAGUCCACAAAUGAUUCUUGAGGAAGCAGGGAGACACUACAGAGACAGGUAUGGAAUGAGCAUAGAACAGCAAGCCAUGAAGAGGCGAUUGCCAGUUCCAGAGCCUUGUGCUCCAAAGAGCAAUGAUGAUGCAAAGAUUUCUAAGCAGAUUGAAAAUCAAUUGUUAAUGCAGAGCAUUAAUGAAAAUCUCUACGACAGGUUUGAAAGAUGGAGCGGAUCGGAGGAAAGUGAUGAAGUGGAGCUUCCAAGAAAGAUCCGAAGGCCAAUUGUAUAA